AUGAAGGAGCAUGAGUCCCUGGAGCCGGUCGACGAGACCAAUGGCUCAAGAGAGAAGAGAACAGAGAGCUUGGCGGGCUCUAGCGACAAGGAAAUGCCGGCGACAGCUCAUAUUCCCGAUGUUGAAGGCCAUGUUGAUCGCAGUCAUAUUAAUGCUGUCUUCCAGAACCCGCUUGCGGGAAUUCCCCGGGAUCAAUUGAUGAAAGAUGUUCAAGGAUUCUGCCUUCGUUUCAACCUGAUGAAUGACUUGGAGACUUUUCAAAAAGGUGCCCUCAUUUCGCAGAAUCCUGAGACAGCAACGACAAUGCCGGAACUGAAUGAUUCUGAGAAAGAGGCGCUCAUUCGCGAGCAUACUCAUAAAUGGAGCCAGCCAUGGCAGCUCUACUGGCUAGCCAUCAUGUGCUCCCUCGCGGCAGCAGUCCAAGGAAUGGACGAAACAGUGAACAAUGGUGCACAAGCUAUCUACUUGGAUAUUCUCGGCAUAAAAAACAACAAAAAUCUGACGGGCCUAGUCGUCGGCGCCCCAUAUCUGGCAUGUGCCCUUAUAGGCUGCUGGCUGACCGAACCUCUCAAUCGAUUCUUCGCUCGUCGUGGAACUAUCUUUAUCUCCUGUUUUAUUGCAGCAAUUGCCUCUAUUUGGGAAGGAUUGUGCAAUUCAUGGGUGAAUCUGUUCAUUGCCCGGUUUGUUCUCGGACUAGGCAUUGGAUCCAAGUCCUCGACCGUCCCUGUCUACGCUGCCGAAUGUUCUCCAGCUCCCAUAAGAGGAGCUUUGGUUAUGAGUUGGCAAAUGUGGACAGCAUUCGGAAUUAUGCUUGGAAAUCUUAUGGGUGUGGCAUUCAUACAUGUUGGACGAGAUCUGAGCUGGCGUCUUAUGCUGGGCUCGACCGUCGUGCUACCCUUGAUCGUCUGCGCUCAGGUCUAUAUCUGUCCCGAGUCGCCUAGAUGGCUUAUUCAGCAUGACAAGAUUGAGAAAGCCUACACUAAUUUCAAGAUUCUCCGUCCCACGGAGCUUCAGGCAGCGAGAGACCUGUACUACGCUUAUGUUGGCGUCGAGUUGGAGCGCAAGAUCAACAAGGGCAAGAACUUUUUCACCAUGUUCUACGAGCUCUUUUCUGUUCCUCGCAACCGUCGCGCUACGCUGGCAUCUUGGAUUGUAAUGUUCAUGCAGCAAUUCUGUGGAGUCAACGUCAUUGCGUACUACUCGACUACAAUCUUCCAGGAUUCUGGAUAUGGUCUUUCGGCGGCCUUGCUGGCAUCGAUGGGGACGGGUAUUCUGAACUGGGUAUUCGCCAUACCAGCCAUUUUCACGAUUGAUACUUGGGGCCGGCGCAACCUUUUAUUGUUCACAUACCCAUUCCUAGCCAUCUUCCUCCUCUGGUCAGGCUUUUCCUUCUGGAUUGAGGCCGAUAACCCCUUGAGUAAGAAGCGGGUUGCAAUGGUCACCACGGGCAUGUAUUUGUUUGAGAUAUUUUAUUCUCCUGGUUCAGGUCCAGUGCCAUUCACCUACUCGGCAGAGGCAUUCCCCCUGCAUGUGCGUGAAGUGGGUAUGUCGUGGGCCACAGCUACGACCUGGUGCUUCAACUUUAUACUGUCAUUUACCUGGCCACAUCUUCUGUCGGCAUUUAAGCCACAGGGCGCUUUUGGCUGGUACGCAGCCUGGUGUAUUAUUGGCUGGGUUUUAGUACUUCUUUUCGUCCCCGAAACCAAGGCUCUCACUCUCGAAGAGUUGGAUCAAGUCUUCUCAGUACCGACCAGAAAACAUGCAUCUUAUCAGAUCAAGAAUGCUAUCUGGCACUUCCGUGUCUGGGUCCUACGCCAGAAGUUAGAGCCUUUACCGGAUUUCUACAAAGGUGCCGAGCAUCUUGGGCGGUAG